AUGGGCCAAUUAGAACUCUAUUUAUACUCGUGUUACAUAUCCCAAACCGACGCCAGCCAAAGUAGAAGACUGAUUUUUCUCCGCACGCCGCCCGCUAUGCUACAUUACGCGGACAAGAUGGCGACCGCCGCUAGGGUUGCUCCGCCGCCGGAGGUCAGAGGCGCCGCCGACGGGGCGGAGGAGAAACUCCUCGGCUGCGAUCGGUUGAACGCUGAGUCGGUGCGCCAUGACCAGGACAACGCGCUCCCCGUGAAGACCUCCAAGAAGGUCAAGUUGCCGGACGACGAGAGCCCGGCGGUGGGCGCGGGCCGCUUCACCAUCGGCCCGGCGCCCGAACGCGACUGGGAGAUGGUCCCGCCCGACGGCAAGUGGGGCUGGUUCGUUCUCGUAGGCGCGACCCUCGUGAACAUCCUGAUCCCGGGCACGAUAAAGUCCUUCGGGGUGCUGCUGGUGGAGUUCAACGACGUGUUCCAGACGAGCGCCUCGGCGUCCUCGGGCAUCGUGGCGCUGUGCUACUUCCUCUACAGCAGCCUGGGUCCCCUGUCCUCGAUUCUCUCGGUCAAGUGGUCGUACAGGACGGUGACCCUCAUAGGCGGCUCUUUCGCCGCCUUCGGUAUGAUCUUCAGCAGUUGGGCGUUCUCCAUCAGCUAUCUGUACUUCAGUUUCGGCGCUAUGGUGGGCACCGGCGCCGGGCUGGCGUUCCCGCCCACCGUGUACAUAGUGACGUCGUACUUCGUGCGGCUUAGGGGCCUCGCGAACGGCAUCUGCAUGUCGGGCUCCGCUUUCGGGAGCAUCAUCCUGCCGCCGGUGCUGCGAUACCUGCUCGAGACGUACGGCUACAAGGGUGCGGUUUUAAUACUGGGCGGUAUAAUGCUGAACGUUUGGGCCGCGGCACUGCUGUUCCAGCCCGUGGAGGAGCAUAUGGUGAGGAAGUACAAGGAGCCAGAGGAGGAGGAGGACGCGCCGCAGGACACCCUCUUCGAGGAGGAGGAGCCGGUCGCCGUGUACGAGCUGACCGACGCCGGCAAGGCGAACGGCGAGCCGCCCCCGCACCUCCGCCAGCCGAAACGCAAGCUCUCGUACAGCCGGCCGAUAUCGAAGGCGAACUACAGCUCCGCGUCGAUAGCCGACUCAGACAGAAGGCUGGGCUCCCAAGACCUGUUCGGGCGGAGGCUGAGCGUCGCCCCCCCCAAAAGGAACCCCUCCACCUCGAGCUUCGCCUACGUCUCGACGCCAUUCCACGGCUCGACGCUGUCCGCGUUCGAGCGGCCGAACGAGUUCGCUUCGCAGUUCUCGCUUAAAUCGAUCGGGGAGGGCGUGGCGGACGUGGCCUACUGCUGCCUCUGCUGCAAGCGCACCGCCAAGGAGCCGAGCAAGUUCUUCGACGUCACCCUCCUGACGGAUCCGACGUACCUCGUGAUACUGCUGUCCAGCAGCACCGUCGCCAUAUCGUGCACCAACUUCAUAAUACUGCUGCCGUCGUACGCGCAGAACGUCGGCUUCGACAAGGCGCGGGGCGCGCUGCUGCUGAGCACGGUGUCCGCGCUGGACCUGGUCGGCCGCAUCGGCGGCUCGGCGCUCUGCGACCUGAACGUGAUGCCGAAGAGCUUCUACUUCGUCGGCGGGCUGCUCUUCUCGGGCGUGACCCUCGCCGCCAUCCCGUUCCUCGAGAGCUACGCCAGCAUCAGCGUGUUCUGCGCGCUGUUCGGGCUGGCCUCCGGCGUCAACAACAGCGUGACGACCCUCGUGAUGGCCGAGAUCCUGGGGGUGGACCGGCUGAUGUCCACGUACGGGAUCAGCCUGUUCGUGAACGGGAUCCUGCAGCUGAUCGGGCCGCCGAUAUGCGGCCUCUGGUUCGAGCGCGACCGCAACUUCGUGAACAUGUUCCUCACCUUCGGGUUCGUCUUCAUAGCGGGCUCCUCGCUGUGGCUCUUCAUGCCGAUCAUAGACAGGCACAAGAAGAAGAAGGCGCUCGCCCAAGACGGAAUGCACACGCAGAAGGUC